CUUUGAGGACACGUGGUUACUCGGGGAACGUGAACGCUGCGUGACGUCAGGGGGUGAAAGCCGGAAGUGGUACACCUUGCUGGCAGGGAACAGGAGCGCGAGGAGCGGACAGGGAUGCCGGUGCUGUGACGUGUGACCUGAAGCCGGGCGUCAUGCAGAUCCUGGUGGCCAAGCUGCUGUGCCUGCUGGGAGUUCUGGUGCUCAUGCUGGCCGGCGUGCUGGUGCCGGUGCGCCUCCUGCUGGUCGACAGCGACAAGGCCCAGAGGUACAGGAAGCCUCUGGCGCUCUGCAACUCGUUUGGCGGCGGCGUGUUUCUGGCCACCUGCUUCAACGCCCUGCUGCCCGCUGUCAGAGACAAGGUGGACGACGUGUUCAAGCAGCUGAAGAUCACCGCCGACUAUCCGCUGGCCGAGACGAUGAUGAUGCUCGGCUUCUUCCUCACCGUCUUCGUCGAGCAGGCCGUCCUCACCUUCCGCAAGGAGAAGCCGUCCUUCAUCGACCUGGAGACGUUCAACGCCGGCGGCUCCGAGGCCGGCAGCGACUCCGAGUACGACACGCCCUUCAUCUCGCCGGCACGCGGCUCGCCGGCGGGUCACCAGCACGGCCACUUCAGCCCGGCCGAGCUGGCGGGGGCGGGGCCUCUGCGGCUGGCCAGCCUCGUCCUCGCCCUCUCCGCCCACUCGGCGUUCGAGGGACUGGCGCUCGGCCUGCAGGACGACGGCGCCAAGCUGGGCGGGCUGUUCCUGGGCGUGGCCGUGCACGAGACGCUGGCGGCCGUGGCGCUCGGCGUGAGCGUGGCCAAGGCCGCCCUGCCCAUGAGGGACGCCGUCAAGCUGGCCGUCGCCGUCAGCCUCAUGAUCCCGCUUGGCAUCGGCGUGGGCAUGGGCAUCGAGUCGGCGCAGACGCUGGCGGGCAGCGUGGUGUCGGCCGUGCUGCAGGGCCUCGCCGCCGGCACCUUCCUCUUCGUCACCUUCUUCGAGAUUCUGUCGCGGGAACUGGAGGACAAGCAGGACCGGCUGCUCAAAGUGCUCUUCCUCAUCCUGGGCUACGGCUCGCUGGCGGCGCUCGUCUUCAUCAAAUGGUCCGACUGACACCCGUUGAUGAUGUCACGGAGCGGAGCUGCAGUGGGCGGAGCUCAGACAAGCCAGAGGAAGACUGCUAACGUCUCCAGAUCCCAGCUGCAGACUCAUCGCAUCGCCAAAUAAUCAAUAAUCACAUAAUCGAAUCAUGAAAAAAUGUCGUUCCUGCAGGAUCCACGGACGUUGACAUCUCGCUUUUCUUUUUGUGAACAGAAACUAUUUAUUUCUCCUGAAAUAAUUUAAUAUUAGCUGAUAAUGACUGGGGUUUUUCCUUCCCUGCUGGGCGCUGAGGCUGCAGUGCCACAGCGUGUUAGGGCCCCUAGAGCCGGACGAGAGGGGCUCGUAUUCAGAGAAAUAAAUUCAGAGAAAAAACUAAGAAUUGGCGAGAUUGAAGUUGUAAAUUUAAAAGAAAAAACUCACAAAUUUAUGAGAAGAAAACUCUGAAAAUGAGUGUCUUGCUUUGUUCUGAAUCAGCCCAAGUCACAGCAGUGUCUCUUCAAAGUCCAGAUGCUGAGGAGGAGAUUGUGAUUCUGGGCUCAGAUCAGCAGGAUCUCCUUGUUCCUGAAUCCCACGUCAGAGUAGAAUCUGCUGAGGGGAUCAGCUGCAGGCCUCAGACACGGCCAGCAGGGGGCAGCACAGGUGGAGCUUCGGACAGAAAGAAAGAUAAACUGUUUUCCAAGUUUUUAUCUCAAGAAAUUUGUGAGUUUUUUUUCUCAUAAAUGUACUGCUUUAAUCUCAGAUUUUUUUAUUUCCUCAUAAUAUUGCCCCCUUCCUCUGGCUCUGUCAUUUUUUCCUUACAGCGGCCCUCAUCCACCAUUGUUUGUUUCCUUCCACGCUGGGCUGUUUGAUUUUAUCCCCUGGAGCUGGUGGGGUUUGUGUGAUACAGAGGAGGAUUAGGGCAACACACAAUUUAAAAAAAAAAAAAAAAAAAGAAAAAUAGAAUUCUGGGAUUAAUGUCAGAGUUCAGCUUUUUCUGAGAUUGUCAGAACUCUGAUUUUAUGUUAUGUUAUAUUUUGUUGUUAUUUUGUGGGCCAAAUCCUGUGAUGCGAUGUGACGUGAGGGCAGUUUUGGAUCUGGAACUCCUAAAACAUCUUCUCAUUAAAUCAAGUUCCUUUUCUCCUUUUUAAUGCAUUAAACUCCAGGGGAUCACAGAAAAAAACCCUUUAGUUUUGUGAGUUGAACCUGCAUCUUUUUUUUUUUUUUUUACGCCCGCUAACAUCCCGGUCCUGGAUGUGAAGGAGCCGCCGGGUCGGAUCAGUCUGUCAGCGACUUUCGUUCAUGUUUUGAAGGUAAAACGGAGUUAACUCUGGUUAAUUCCUCAUGUUUAGGCCUUAUUACUGAACCUGCUACCAGCAUCAGAGACUCAUUCAUCCAGAACCAGAAAAUGUUUAGAAGCUGCUUUUUUUCCUUCUGUGUUCAUUCUGUCCUGAGGUUCAGAUUAGUGUAUGAACUGCUGCUGUUUUCUACAGGUUCAUGGAGCCAUAAAGCCCCGAAUAAAAACACUGGAACCCUUUACGACGUGGUUGAGAUGUCCACCUUUAUCUAUAUUUUUGACUUUUUUUUUUUUUAUAUAUAUAGUUGUGCGUGUGUUGAUAUUGUGAUCUUAGCAGUAGUUUUGUAUUUUUUGACAGUGUGUCGUCUGUCUCAGUUUGUGUUUUCAGGAACACUUUCUCUUUGGUGGAAACGUGUAAGAGGAACUUUAAAUUAAAGCUUUUACACUUGGCCGGUGCUUCC